UGCAGGGAGUCAUUUCGUAUUCCUCUUUUUCUACGGACGUUUGGCUCUCACAGGUUGCAAAGUGAAUAGAUUUCUUAUUAUGGCAGAAACUGAAGGAUUUAAAAACAUACGUUCAAGAUUUGAAGCAGUAACUGAAAACCAAAAAUUAACAAAACCAUUACCUGGACUGAAGCCUGCUGUACCAGUCAAACCAAAUAUUCAGCCUUCAGGUGACCGAUACUUUAAAAGACCAAUCCCUAAAGCCUUAUCUUCUUCAAAUUUGCCAGUGUUACCAUACCGAGAACAUUUGAAAAAUGCAGGGAGCCAAAGAGCUAUAUCACGAACUACCUCCACAAUACGUCACAGAACACCGGGGGAAAAUCUUCAGGAAAAUGUUGUAAACAAACCUUCUUUACCCAUUAAACCGUUGGUUAAAAAACCUUCUACCGAUGUUUUGAAGACAAACUUCCAACUUCCAACUCAACUUCCAAAAAAUCAUAACCAACCCGAACUUGAUAAAUGCAAAAUUGUACCAAAGCUAAAACUUUUGCCAAGUAAAGCUGUACUUGGGACAAGACCAGAAAAACCUGCACGUCCUCCUUAUGUGGAUCUGGAAAUAUUCAAUGACUCUAGCGAUUCAGACACAUAUGUGGUGAUGAAGAGUAACCCAGAUUUAAGAUUGUCUGCAUCCCAACCUAAUCUUGCGACAGGCUCUCCAAAGCGCAACAUUUGGACGCCAACAGAGGAAAACGAGGACAUUUAUGAAAAUAUACAGCAAUAUCAUGGCAACAUCAAAGAAAAGUCUGUAUCAUUAUAUAAUUUCGUAAUAACAGAAACACCUGGACCAGAGGAAAUAUAUGAUGACAUAGACUCAAUAUCGGAGCAAAGAAAAUUGUCACUUCAAAGCAGCUCAUCGACAGAAACAAAUGUUUUAAUAACCAACUGGCGAAAUGACACAAACCUGAAAAAAAUGGAAAAAUUUGAAAUGGAGUUUAGAAGAAAAUUUCAGUUUGCCGGACCCAUUAAAGUGAUAACUCGAAUGAUGGUUGAUCCCAAUGCCAUAAUUCGGAAACCUGGAGAUAGAGACCUUCCAUACACACGAGGAGAAAUCAUAGAUGUUAUCCAACUUACAAAUGCAGAAAAAAUAUUAUGCCGCAACUUUGAAGGAAGAUUUGGCUACCUACCCAGAAAUGCAGUGCUUAAAAUAGAGAAACGUUUACGUGAAAGCCUUAGCAAGUCUGAUGAUAUUUAUGAUGAUACUGAGUUGAUAUCCAGUUCAUUCCCUGCCAUACCUUCAAAACCACGAUUUCAGCAUAGUUACGUAACAAGAAUGUUCCAAAGGAAGCCCUCUCAACCAAGACCUCAAACAGCAGCAGAAAUCCAACAAAAGGAGAAUUUAAAAAGACUAAAAAAUGAAGCAAAGGAAAUGAAAGAGUUAAAGAAGAAAUUCAAGAUUGAAGGAGAAAUAAAAGUUCUGACUCGUAUGAUGGUUGUUCCAAGUGCUGGGAAUAAAAGAGGAGGAGGAAAAGAUUUGCCUAUCAGCAAGGGAGAGAUCCUCGAAGUUAUUCAGUACACAAAUCAAGAAAAAAUAUUGUGCCGAAACAGUAAAGGAAAAUAUGGUUAUGUUAAACGAAGAUAUGUUUUACAAGCGGAAAGGGAGAUAUAUGAUGAUGUCGCUGUAAGAAUGUGAAAAAUAUGUGUAAGGAUAUUUAUCAAACUGCUUCAAAGAACAUGCUCAGUAUUCCAACAGAGACAUUAUAAAUAGCUUCAUUUAUCUAUGGAAAUUUUUUAUACCACAAAAAUAACCUUUUUAAAGUGACGUAUGGACAUUGCCAGAUAUGUUGGAUGUGACACCAGGGCUUCUACAACCAAGUCUUUUUUGUUUUACUUUUAUUUCACUUUUUUUUUUGCUACUAAUGAAGAGCAAAAGAGAAAAAUAAGCAUUAUAUUUACCUUUUGUUUUUUAAUGCAAUGUAGACUUUCCUUCACAAUAUUUGUUAAGGAAAUAUCCAGCUGUCUUUGCUAAUAAAGAUUUUUUUUGAUAGUAGUAUUAUGUAA